GAUAAAAAACGGGCGGAAGCUAGCAGCUCGACAAGUUGGAUGUAGUUGUUGCAACGUCCUGAAACGGUUUUAUGUUGAUGUUUUAGUCAGUAUUGUAAUUCCAUGAUAUUACUGAGCUUGUCUCAGCAUACUGACAUGUCAGAUCGCUCGGUCGGUAGGCUAACGCAGUAACGUUUCCGUCAGCUAUGUCGACAAGAGACAAAGGUUCACUGAACACAAGUUGGAUGUUGUCGAAUAACGGACUAGCCUGUUAGCUAACGCGAAUUACCCCAACAGGAGCCAAGUAUUGUGGAAUGGCAUCAUAGUUGAUAUUUUUAUAAAUACCCUGUGGAUUUUAUGUUUGGGCGUUUUUGCUUAGUCGCUGUUUUAGUACAUUUUAACCGUGAGCAACAAUUUGAUGUAAGAAGGUGAGCUGAGAGAGAAAAGCGUAAUGUCGUGAGAGAAGCUGGCUCUCCUUUCCAGGAAAUGUUUUCUGUGUAAUGAAGUAGCUGUAGGAUAAAACAGCUGCCAUGGUGCCUGCAGUGCCGCUGUCCCUGUCGAGUUGAACGACCCACGUUGAGACCUGGUGCAGCAUGAAGACCCUCGGACCCCGAUUCUCCUUCUGCGCUGGCUUCGUGGUGGGAACCUUGACGCUCUACGUGUUCCUGCGGCAGGUGUGGUUUGAGAGGAGUUGGUCAACACUGCAGGCCACCAGCCUGGAAAAUAAUGCCCCGCAAGGGAUCGAGGAAGAGAGCACGAUAUGGAAGAAAGAAAGGUCUGCUCUUUUCAACCUGAUGCAUCCUCAUCAUUCAGGCGAGGACAGCCGGAUGGCAGAUGAGCUCUAUAAAAAGGUGCGUGUUCUUUGCUGGGUGAUGACUGGACCAAACAACCUGGAGAAGAAGACUCGCCAUGUGAAGUCUACUUGGAGUCGCCACUGUAACAUGGUGAUUUUCAUGAGCUCAGUGGAUGACCCCAACUUCCCCACGGUGGGCUUGGGGACAAAGGAGGGUAGGGACCAGUUGUACUGGAAAACAAUCAAGGCCUUCCAUUAUGCCUAUGAGCAUCACCUCCACGAGGCAGACUGGUUCCUCAAGGCAGACGACGACACCUAUGUAAUUGUAGACAACCUGCGUUUGGUUCUUGCUAACCACACACCAGAGGAGCCAAUCUACUUUGGACGAAAAUUUAAACCCUUCACAAAGCAGGGCUACAUGAGCGGUGGGGCAGGCUAUGUGUUGAGCAAAGAGGCUCUGCGUAGAUUUGUAGAAGGAUUUAAAAACAAAGUGUGCUCCCACACUAGCUCUGUAGAGGACCUUGCAAUGGGACAGUGCAUGGAGAAAGUUGGGGUGUUGGCAGGGGACUCCAGAGACAGUGGGCACAGGGAGACAUUUCACCCAUUUGUCCCAGAGCAGCACCUCACUACCAAGUUCCCCAAGAGCUUCUGGUAUUGGAGCUACUGCUACUACCCUAUCUCAGAGGGUCCAAACUGCUGCUCAGAUCUGUCGGUGUCUUUCCACUAUGUGGAUGCCUCACUGAUGUAUUUAUUGGAGUACUACACCUAUCACCUGCGUGCCUUUGGUUACAGCUACCGUUACCAGCCCCCUGCUCCGCUAGGCUACAGUAUUGAGAAGUCAGAUCUCUGGAACAAUAAGCCAGGAUCUGGGGAGAAAGGUGUGGAUGGUAAGAAUCCGUCCAGGACUGACAAGAAACAUGAUGCAGAUCCCCCUCAAGUAGCUGGUAAAGACUCUCCUGAUGCUUUAGCAGGCCAAAAACAGUAGGACUGUUUGGGUGUGUGAAGACUAGUAUCAUUAGGGAUUGUGUUUUUGAGUGUUUGCUUAUUCAUUUAGAUGGUCUCAGCUCUUCUAGAACGGAAAGAAAAAGUUUCCCUUGAUUUUAAACGUCCCUACACACAGUACAAGCAUGCUGACAGAAGAUUCCCCAUCUGAGAAUGAAGAGUUAAUUUCUCUCAGAACUUUAAUCCUCGAUUUUUAGGUGUUUUUCCCCCCUUCUUUUAAGACAGGGUUUAUCCUUUUAAAAAGCAGGAACAGCUCUCUGUAAGCUGAAUCCAUUCAAAAACUAGCUUUAGUCAUUUUUUAAAUCUGUACCAACCUGAGUACCAAUGUUUUAUUCUUUCUUUUUAAUUGCAAAUUCACCAAAACCUGAUGGACCACUCUAUAGAGGGCUGUAGUUCUUGUCUUGCUGGAACUGUUGGACUUGAUUUGCUGUGCCUCGAAGGCAUAUUUACCUUGAGGUGAGAGAAAACUGUUGGAAUAAUGCCAAGAAUACAUUAGACCAAUUAGAAACAAAGUGCCUAACCCUGUGCAUCAAGUUAACAUUACGUCUCUAUGAGUCGUGGAUAAUUGUUCUGUGCACAUUGCGAUUAAUCUGCAGGAGCGUCUCAGUUUGCUUACUUAUGGCAGGAUUCAGAGUUUCAACACAUUUUCACGACAGAACAUUAAAGUCUCACUUUAUGUUUAAAUUCUGGUGUUUGAUAUUCUGAUUAAUCACAAAACAUUUUCAACUCUAAAAUCAAUGUUCUGAAAGUAAGGAGAUCAGUUUCCUGUGAAAGUGCUAUAGAGCAUUCAGCUUUAUGGACAGCUGAUUCAUUCUGACUACAAUUUUAGCCAUGAUCUUGCAGCUUUAAACCAGUUUAGGGGAAUUAGAAAACAACAUAAAUCUGGAUACAUUUUGGAAAUGUUAGUCUUUAAAACCAACUGAAUAUAAUCCACCCAAUUAGGCGUGAUACCAGAUGUGAUCAUCGUUUUGGUGCCGUCUUGCUGUUAAUGCUGAGUCUUGGAAUUUAUCUAUAGUUUUUCUCAAUAGGUUACCUUUAGUUGACGGUUUACAUUCAUAUCUGUUCUGCAGUAUUUUCAUCAUUUAAACUGGUAUCUGCCUCUACUGGUGAGUAGCGCUUUUUGUAAUGGUGAUUGCUGGGUGAUACAGUACUCAUACGAUACAGUUUAGGGGCUUACAAUAUAGGAUAAGUAUGCAAGGCAAUAUAUUCAUUUUCUCUUUUUUUUUAAUCUAAUUUAAAAAUAUCCACAUAUUAUAAAGAGCACACGAACUUAGAUUGAAGUAUGUCAUUAUAUUUUCCUUUUUAAUCCAAUCAGAGAAGUGUGAUCUGCAUUUGUAUUACAGUCCAUCCAACAUUAAAUCAUUACUUUUUGUACGGUCCGAGCAAAGGGAGUAAAAUUACAUCAUAUCACAUCAUAUAAUACUGUGAUACUGAAGCAUUGACAUAUUUUUUAACACCCCAUGGUUUGGCACAUCUUUGUAAUGAAACACAAUCUCCUGGCACUCGAUCGUCCACUUUUACUGGCAGUACAGCUACCGGCACAUAAACCACAAUCUUCACAGCUCCCUGCAUCAGAUGACUCAUUAGCUUGUGCCUUCUGAAUUGAGAUUGUACGAGCUAUUAGCUGCACACAUGACUUUGCACUGUGACUUCACCGUGAGGAGGGAGUUGCUGUCAUACAAACUAUAAUGAAUCCUUCCGAUGUGUUGAAUGGAAGAAGAAAACCGUUUAUCUACAUUUUAUUUACUGUGAUGUUUGAUUUUAAAGCUCUCUAUGUGGGACAGAACUUUUUAAGAUAUUAUUUAAGGUACAUAUUAUGUCUCAACCAAACAGAGAAUCAAUAUUGUGGGAGAUUCAGUAAUUGCCAAAUACAAAAAAGAAAAAUGGCUGCAGGCAUCAAACAGGAUUCAGUUAUUAUUUUAAAGAUGUAUGAAACAGUUGCAUGCAUUUCCUUUGUAUUAAUUGUGUUUCUUUUUAACCACUUGAACCUUUUAUUGUCCCCAAAGGUUAAAAAAAAUGUGGUGGAACUAAUGCCUAAAAAUGCCUUUUUUAAGUGUUUACACAAUUUUCCCUCUGUACACAAAGAACUCAGCUUGUUCAUUUAUUUUCUGUUAAAGUGGAGUUUAAAGUCCAGUUUAAACCAAAUCAUCAUGUUUUUAUGUAAUGUUUCUUUAAAAUGAACACGUUAGUCUUUAAACAUGUUAAGCAGGAGAGGACUGCAGAUUCCUGCGAGCAUCAAAGUCCUCCCUGAAAAGUCUUUUCAAGUCAGUCUUACAUCACAGCAGGUCCUCGACAAUCUACUGCCUACAUUCAAAUGUAUUAAAGGGAAAUGUGUACAGCUCUGUGUUUAUGUUUGACAUGUUUUUUUGUUGGUAUCUAUGUCUGGAUUGAGUCAAGACCUUUGAGAGUGUAAAUGAGAGUGUGUUAGUAUGUGAGCACAGGUUAUCAGUGUGUGGGAUUGUUUUCACUGAUUGGUACCUUAAUCACUAUAAAUAAAUGCAUAUUUUAUUGUA